AUGGCUGAUGACACGGCUGCGGAAGUUACCUUUGAGGUGUCCCUGCUGAGCGGCACAGCCGCCUCCAUCGCCUGCCCUGGGGAUGCGAGCCUGGGAUCCCUGCAGCGGGAGAUCGGCAUGAAGCUGGGCCUGCUGAAGGGGGACGAGAUGCCCUCUUUGUUCUUCCUCCCCUCUCGUGGAGAAGGCGGCCAAGAGCCACUCCAGGAGACGAUCACGGCAAGGGAGCUGGCAAACCAAAGCAUCAUCGCUGGAGUGAAUGCUGAGCCUGGCUGGUGCUCAAACAAGAGCUUCAAAAAGUUCUGGGUUCACGGUCGCCGCGGCGGCAUGGAGGAGGAUUCGGCAGACGUCGUCGUGAAGCUUCACGCAGGUGGCAUCUUCAGCUACUGGGCGCAGUACCACAGCCACGAUGCCGAGUGCGGGUUCAACUACGACCAGACGAUCGAAGCGUCGGGCACUUGGCGGCUGAACCGGCGAGCCUCAAAGGACAAGGGGGAGCUCGAAGAGGUAAUUUGCCUCGAGGGGACCGCCACGAAGAAGACCGCCGAACAGCACAGACCCACCAGGUACUCGUAUUACGACUACGACGAUGAUUACGCUUCAUCAAGUGGUUCAGAGCACACUGACGACAGCGAGGGCGAAGAGGAGCCUCCAACUCCGAAGAAGAAGGACGAGGACAAAGAGACGCUUCCAAUGCCAAAGAACAAGGACGAGACAGUAACUGUCGAGUUCCUUCACAGCAUCGCUAAGGCGGAUUUGCUCACGCCUGAUACAGGAAUGCACAAACGAGGAGGAUGGACGGUGACUGACCUGCCACCAGAACCGAAACCGGGGACGGACGCUGGGGCAACCACGUCUGGAUGA